AUGCCUAGGUCUUUUUUUAAAACUUUCGGAAACAAUGUUGCUGUAAUAAUUGACUGCUUUGAAAUAGGUAUAGAAAAACCGUCAAGUUUAAAAGCAAAAGCUCAAACAUGGUCAAGUUAUAAAAACAAAAAUACAGUUAAAUAUUUGAUUGCGAUAACUCCUCAAGGAGUAAUAUCAUUUAUAUCUCAAGGUUGGGGUGGGAGAACCAGUGACAAAUAUAUAACUGAAAAUUGCAAUUUACUAAACAAUUUAUUACCUGGAGAUGUGGUAUUGGCUGAUCGAGGGUUUACUAUUAGUGAAAGUGUAGGGUUUCACUGUGCAACUUUAAAAACACCUGCAUUUACCAAAGGUGUACCCCAGCUUCACCCAUGCACCAUUGAAGAAACACGAAAAAUAGCUUCGUUACGAAUUCACGUUGAACGUAUUAUAGGUUUGACUCGUUCAAAGUUUAAAAUUUUGAACGGUCCUAUUCAAAUAACCACAUUGAAAAAUCAGAAUGAUGAAACAUGUCUUUUAGAUUCAAUAGUUACUGUAUGUUGUGCCUUAAUUAAUAUGUGUAGCUCAGUGGUACCCUUGGAUUAA